AUGCCAGCAUGCGUUCGAUGCUCUAACGUCGAUAACGAUUGUGUUUAUCCUGAGUCGAGGAGGAAGCGCAUUUACAAGAGGGCGAAUGUGAAAGAAAUGGAGGAACAGCUAGCUCGGCUUGAAGAGCAACUAAAUCUACAUAUAGUCAAUGGUGAAAAAAUUCGGGGCACUACGGGCACCAAACCCGCGCCUGACCCUCAGCCCAAAGAGAUGAGCACCGCAAUCGACGCACCGGAAUAUGAGCUGCCCAACUCCGGGUCUGGCUACGAUUGGGUCUCGGAUGGCCAACUAAUAGACCUUGGAGUAUCAGAGCCGUUGCCCCCCUUCGAAGUAAUGGAAGAACUGCACGACAUCUAUUUCCGGAAUCAGCACCAUUCAAUGCCGAUACUGCAUCCUACGCUGUAUCUACAAGCCAUACAUGGGCCGCCUAACAAACGGCCACCGAUGUGCUUGCAGUACAUUGUUUGGGCUAUGGCAUCAAAAGGAAAUGAGAAAUACGACUUCUAUGCAGAUGCUUUUUACAAGCGGGCGCGACAAUAUGCCAACGCGGAUGAGAUGCAGGGCGAUGGAGAUCAUUUGGCCCUCCGUCAUUUACAGGCAUAUAUCAUCAUGGCCGGAUUUGAAGCAAAAUGCAUGCUUUUUACAAGAGCAUCCAUGAACUCGGCCAAGUCCGUUAGCCUCGUGCACUCUCUAGGUUUUGAUCGAGUUGACGAUCCAGACGUUUCGCCAGCAUCAAUCACAGUGUCCUCGAUAGGCUGGAUCGAGAUGGAGCAGCAACGGAGAGCGUUCUGGGGUGCCUUUGCUAUUGAUUCGCAUGCUAGCAUAUCCACGGGAUGGGCUAGUUUGAUAUACACCAAUGACGAACAGCUUAUGACACGGCUGCCUGCAUCAGAAGAUGCGUUUUUGUUUGGACAUAAAGAAGAUGCUCCAUUUCUCGAUGAAGUCUUCACGGGGGCCUUCCACUCUGCUUUUGCUACCACACUUGUCAUCUGUCAUAUCUUCAAAAUUACUCUAAACCAUACCUCUCGCCACUCUUAUGGCGCAGCAUUCUGGAAGCGUCACAAAGACCUCGACCAUAAAAUUUCGAGCACCUUCAUGUUUCUACCGGAACGGUUUCAGUCGCCGGAUUAUAAAAGUGACCCUGUCGCAGCCCAUACCAACCUAAACUUGCACGCCACAACAAUUUGCCUUCACUAUGCGGCCGUUCAGAUGGUGGAUAAGCAUAGUCACUCUGAAGCUACCAAACAACAAAGCUUGGGUAGGAUGCGAAUCAGUGCGGAAGAGAUUGUGGAAAUAGUAAAGGCUAUUUCUCCCAAUUCAUCUAUAUAUAAAUCUGUGCUAUGCGCUCUAUCACUGUACUGCGCAGCAAGCGUGUACAUCUACUUUGCCAGGGAUAAUCCGGUCGAAGGAUUAUCUGCAAAUGAGUUGGCUAACUUUGAGACGAUUCUCCGGUCCAUGGAAACCACCGGUAACGACCAUAAGAUCACACGAGCUCUCUUACUUCAGGUCUACCGGGAUGCGGAACGUUACGGAUUGAGUUCCAUCCUCCAUUUGCCUGAUACUGGGCAAAUUACAGAAGUUGACCUAGGAUACUGCCCGAGCGUUUUCAUGAGCGUGAAAAUCGCCAUGAUAAGGCAACCCAUCACUAGUCCUCUCCAAGUAGGAAGGCUGCCGUUGGGCGGAGCAGGAGAUCUGGCCUUUCAAGACUUGACAUAUAGCACCCUGGAAAAUCCGUUGGACCCUCCAGAUAUCAGCACAUACACUGAUGACAGUAUGAAUAAUGGACGGCAACUCCAAGAUGUCUCAAUGCCGUUAUGGCCACAGAGCGAAAACGACCUCUCAUCACAAAUGUUGGAGUCGAUGACCAGUCAAGAACCUACUCUGAAUGAUCGCUUCGAAUUAGAACUUAUGUGA